CCACUGGAUCUGAGGAUAAGAGUUCCUCCUCUCCUCCUCGCAUCAUUCCCCGUGGAAACACUCACAAAGGUUCGUUUCCGCGGGACACCACAGCAUGGUUUGCAAAGCGGAGCAGUAGAUCUCCUGUGGCAACACGUAUUCUCCCUCUCUCGCUCUCUCUCUUUCUCUGUCUCUCACUCUCUCUCUCUGUCCUCACGCAAAUAUAACCAUAUUUUCCACGCUGACGGGGAGCCGGGCCAGUAUCACACGGGGGAGAGAGACUUGUCGCCAUGGGGAAACAGAACAGCAAGCUCAGGCCUGAGGCGCUCCAGGACCUGCGGAACAACACCGAAUUCUCCGACCACGAGCUACAGGAGUGGUACAAGGGCUUCCUGAAGGACUGUCCCAGCGGGAACCUCAACGUGGAGGAGUUCAAGAAGAUCUACGCCAACUUCUUUCCGUACGGCGACGCCUCCAAGUUCGCCGAGCACGUCUUCCGCACCUUCGACACCAACGGCGACGGCACCAUCGACUUCCGGGAGUUCAUCAUCGCACUGAGCGUCACGUCACGCGGCAAGCUGGAGGAGAAGCUCAAGUGGGCCUUCAGCAUGUACGACCUGGACGGCAACGGCUACAUCAGCCGCGAUGAGAUGCUGGAGAUCGUGGAGGCGAUCUAUAAGAUGGUCUCCACAGUGAUGAAGAUGCCAGAUGACGAGGCUACUCCUGAGAAGAGGACAGAUAAGAUCUUCAGGCAGAUGGACCUGAACAAUGACGGCAAGCUCUCUCUGGAGGAAUUCAUCAGAGGUGCCAAAAGCGAUCCCUCCAUCGUGCGACUACUUCAGUGUGAUCCCAGCAGCGCGUCGCAGUUCUGAAGAUCCCCCUCUCCCGAGGGAAACAAACACACACUGCAUGAAAGUUCCUGUCUUUUUGUGUAUCGGAGGGAAGGGGAAUCCUUAUCAUUUAAUUUGUAAAAAGCAUAAUCAUUUAAAGAAAGGAAAGGAGGUAGUGGUAAAGGGGGGGGGGG